CCGUCGGCCAACGGCAGGCAGGCCCCGCAAGGUAGCCAGGGGGGCGGCGCCCUCGGGCCUCGGGGCCUCGGGGCGGCCAGCCAUGACCUUCGGGCGCAGCGGGGCGGCCUCGGUGGUGUUGAACGUGGGCGGCGCCCGAUACUCUCUGUCCCGGGAGCUACUGAAGGACUUCCCGCUGCGCCGCGUGAGCCGGCUGCACGGCUGCCGCUCAGAGCGCGACGUGCUCGAGGUGUGCGACGACUACGACCGCGAGCGCAACGAGUACUUCUUCGACCGGCACUCGGAGGCCUUCGGCUUCAUCCUGCUCUACGUGCGCGGCCACGGCAAGCUGCGCUUCGCGCCGCGAAUGUGCGAACUCUCCUUCUACAAUGAGAUGAUCUACUGGGGCCUGGAGGGCGCGCACCUCGAGUACUGCUGCCAGCGCCGACUCGACGACCGCAUGUCCGACACCUACACCUUCUACACCGCCGAGGAGCCGGGCGCGCUGGGCCGCGACGACGCGCGACCCGGCGGUGCCGAGGCGCCCACCUCCCGGCGCUGGUUGGAGCGCAUGCGGCGGACCUUCGAGGAGCCCACGUCGUCGCUGGCCGCACAGAUACUGGCCAGCGUGUCGGUGGUGUUCGUGAUCGUGUCCAUGGUGGUGCUGUGCGCUAGCACACUGCCCGACUGGCGCGCCGCGGCAGCCGACAACCGCAGCCUGGAUGACCGGAGCAGGUACUCCGCCAGCCCUGGGAGGGAGCCCUCCGGGAUAAUUGAAGCUAUCUGCAUAGGUUGGUUCACUGCAGAGUGCAUCGUGAGGUUCAUCGUCUCCAAAAACAAGUGUGAGUUUGUCAAGAGACCCCUGAACAUCAUUGAUUUACUGGCAAUCACGCCGUAUUACAUCUCCGUGUUAAUGACAGUGUUUACGGGUGAGAACUCUCAACUCCAGAGGGCUGGAGUCACCUUGAGGGUUCUUAGAAUGAUGAGGAUUUUUUGGGUGAUUAAACUUGCCCGUCACUUCAUUGGUCUUCAGACACUUGGUUUGACUCUCAAACGAUGUUACCGAGAGAUGGUUAUGUUACUUGUCUUCAUUUGUGUUGCCAUGGCAAUCUUUAGUGCACUUUCUCAGCUUCUUGAACAUGGGUUGGACCUGGAAACAUCCAACAAGGACUUCGCCAGCAUCCCCGCUGCCUGCUGGUGGGUGAUUAUCUCUAUGACUACAGUUGGCUAUGGAGAUAUGUAUCCUAUCACGGUGCCUGGAAGAAUUCUUGGAGGAGUGUGUGUUGUCAGUGGGAUUGUUCUAUUGGCGUUACCUAUCACUUUUAUUUACCAUAGCUUUGUGCAGUGUUAUCAUGAGCUCAAGUUUAGAUCAGCUAGAUAUAGUAGGAGCCUCUCAGCUGAGUUCCUAAAUUAAUGCAUUGCAAAGCAGUUCUUGCGUACAGUUCAUUUGAUAGAGUUGAUGCCACUUCAUAUUCAUGCAUUUCUUACUGGGUGAGCACUGCAGUGGUACUGUCAUCACCUUGGUAGUAAAAAUUGUCCUUCCCAGCUGAAGGGAUAAAACAGUUUACUUGUUAUGGAGUAAAUAGGAUUGAGAUUGCAAAGAAAAAAUAAUGAUUCCUAGAGUAAAUUUUAGGAUCUUAUUUUAUUUAGGCUUGUCUCCUCCUUGCCUUGAACAAUUAUGCUUUUUGUGUUUGUUUUAAAGUAUAUUAUUUGAACAUUUUAAAACCAAGAGCUACUAUUUUCCAAAUGUUUUUCCAUCUUGUGAAUGUAGAAGAAGCUUGGAAGUUAGAGUGUUGUUUUUUGUUGGAGAGUAACAUUUUCAUUUCUAAAUGUUUUAUAAUCUCUCAUAUCAAUGUCAGAAGUAUCCUGGAAACAUAUGUCAGAUGCAGGAACUGUUUAACAAAUACUUUAAAAAUUUGGCCAAAUUUUAAACUGUGUAAUGGAACUAGUAGAUACAAGCAAGAGUAGUAUUUGAAAACCUUCUCCAGCACAUUUCUCAACUAUAUGAUUUAUUUUUGUUCCUCUUAUUCACCUUGUCCUAUAGCUUCAUGGAAGCUUGAAUAUGUUCUUCCUUUUCCAUUUUGGAUUUCCUUUAUCUCCGUCCUGAAAUGACUCAAAAGAGUAUUGUAUUGUUUAUCAUUUUAUUGGAGUUCAUUUUAUUUGAAUUCAUUGCUGUUACUAGGUGAUAAUUGUCCUAACAUUCAGAUGUCCAAAUAAGAUUUCCAGCAUUAAAAUGACAAUAGAAAUAGUUUGAUGUUACAACCCAUAUUUAUCUUCUUCUGCUCUUAAUAUUUGCCCCAAACACUGUGGGUUUAAUAAGACUUACCAAAUGAAAGGAUAUUUAUGCAGCUGUUUUAUACCAAAGUCAUACUUAGAUAUUGUCACUGGAUUAUCAUAAGAAAAGACAUUAAAUAUUUCCUUACUCUUGGUUGCUAUGUAGCCAAACCAUUUUAAGCCAGCUGAAAGCAAUGAAUAUGUAAUUAUUUGAUCUCAUCUUCACUAUUGUCAAUUAUAGCUGUGCCAAAACUUCUUAUAACAAUAUUGAAUAAUAUGUCACACUAAUCUGGCUAGGUUAAUAGGACUAGAUAUGUAAAACUGAUGAUUAUUUAGUGCAGAAUUUUAGCAGUCUGAAUUAAGAUUUUGCUUUGGUAACCAAUUGCCAUAAAGUCAUCAGUAUAUACACACAAAAAUUAAAGUCAUAGAUUCAUGAAUAAUUUAAUAUUAUACACUAUAACUUAGUGGGAGUAGUAGUGGGCAGGAGAGAGGAUAGAAAGAGGACCUGGAUAUAUUUAUUGAAGAAAGGGUUACCAGAAGUGUUCAUUAAAGGAGUAUUUAGCCAUCAUCUAGUUCAAACGUCAACUAGUACAGGUAGAAAACCAGGGCAAGAGACAGUUUGCUUGUGGAGGAGUUGGGGCUAAAACCUGGAUCUCUAGGAACCUGGCCCAGAAAUGUGUAUUCUUAACACACCUCUGGGUUUUGAGAGAUGCCUUGAAAAUCCACAUUCCUUGGCUGUGCCACCACUGAGCUAAUAAUAGCAAAACCACUCCUUUUUCCUAAUUUCCUCUCCUGAGUUUAAGGUAAUAUUUUGGCCAUUAAGACUCUCACCCCAUCCUCCCUACUCUUGCACGAUGGUGUGUUACUUAUUACAUACUCAAAAUAAACUAUUGUAUAUUUAUUGUAUUUUAAUAUACUUGAAAUGAAUAGCAUGGAUUUAUUUUUUUCUUACCUGCUUUAAUUAAGCCUUUGUGAUUUAUGCAAAUAGUAGGCAGGAGAUAGCACCCCUAUGUGACUAAUAAAAAUAAGACAGCCAUCAAUUUUACCGGCACUGGGUACUCUUCAUGAGAAUAUAUCUGUCUUAUCCACCUAGUUAACUAUCUUGAGGGCUGAGACCCUCACUCUCACACACCUCCAUGUCCCCACAGCAUCCGUGAUAGACUUGGGCACAAACUAUUGACUGACUUGAGCAGAGAAACUUCUGUGUGAAGAGACAAGGGGGACGAAUACACCUGUAAGUGUGCGUGUUGAGCCACAAAUGUGAAUAUACAGGCAGACUUUGAGGCUGCCCUUUAAGAAAUCUCUUGUUGGUGAUGCCAGACUUUUCAUAGGACUAGUUCUCAUUAAGGAGCAUUUUGGAUAAAUGUUAAUGGCAGUUCAGCUACCCAUGUACUAAGACUAAUGAUGAGACCUGAUAGAAUAGUAAAUUCAUAAGUGAAAAAAAAUAUAUAUAUAUCAUGAGUGUUGUAGUUUUUUAGGAACAGAGGAAUUUUCUUACAACUUUCCCUCAGUGUUACUGCCUUAAAAAAUAAUAAUUGAAUAGGACUUCUUUUAGAGAUUUUUUCAUAACUCAAUCUUCAUGGCAGAAUGCCUUCAUUAUGACCUAUAUUAUAUAUUAGUACCAGUAAGUCAUGUAUUACCUUAAAUUAGAAUAAGCAGUGAGGAAAGAGGAAGCCCAAAUGUUUGUUCUCAUUUUACCACACAUGAGCUUAUGUGACUUGAUUUUAUAUAUUACUUGUUUUGUAUCUUCUGAAAUGGGAUGUUUCAGGAUUAAAGAUCCAGAAUUAGGGAACAUAUUUGAAAGUGAACAUACUCAGCUCAAGGCCUUCUUUAUCUUUUCUCUUUUAUGACUCUGUUGUUAUUGCUGGUUGCUACAGUUGCAUUUGCUUUGCUCUUGGGUUUUGUAGUUACCUGUAAACACACAUUUCUAAGUUCUUACUUUCUUAAAACUGUAGAAAUAUAUGCUUUCGUGGUGGCUGUUAGUUAAAAUAUUAUUUCCUGUUUUUAAACUUUUGUCCAGAUGUCCUGGGUCUCAAGUGAUCUGGCAGGAGGGGAGAUAGGAUUAAGUUGGGUGUUGGUGUUGCAAGAAUUUUCUUCAUUGGCUUGACAUUUUCUAGAAGCAGCUUAUUUUUCUUCUUUGCUAUAGGAAUAAAAAACAAAACUGAAAACUCCCAGCUCUAUUUUACUAUUAAGCUUAUAUAAUUUCAGACUUAAUGCACAGAUUCAUAAAAUGUUUCCAGAGCCCACUGACCCUGCAUAAAUGUUCAUUCGCUUGUGGUGUGCAAUAUACAUUCCAGUCAGAUAUGGUGUAAAUAUUCCAUAGGGUCAUAAUAAAUUACAGCUAAGGAGCCCUGGAGACCUUCUGGUCUAACUGUCUCUUCCAAUGAUGUCCUUCUUCCCAUCCACAUGUUAUCAGUCAGGUGGCUGUGCUCCCAAUGGGUUAUGAUUUAGCUGUCAUCACCAUAGGGAGACCAGCUAGUCCUCAUUUGCCUGGGACUUUCUUGGUUUUAGCACUAAGUGCACCCCCAUCCUGAGAAAUCCCACAGUGUCAGGUGAACAGGGACAGUCGUUCACCCUAAUCAGGUCAGGCCCCAGAAACCUGAAAACUUUUGAUUCAGUACUCCUUGGAUGUACCUUUUUUUUUUUUUUUUUUAGUUUU